UCUAACUUGGUUUCUUUAUGGUUCUUAAUAGAUUUUCAUGAAUAGGAGUUUUGUGUAAUUAAAAAUUUGCAUUCAAAACUUUAUUUGCUAAACAAAUUGUUAGCCAACCCUAGAGGCUCUAUUUGUUACUACUGGAAAAAUUUCUCCUAGUUUGAGUUUGUAAAGAUAAUAGUGUUUGUAUAGUAUAACUAGUUAUUAAUAGAAAUUAUACUUUUUCUCACCUUUAUCUCUCUCUCACACCCACACACACAGAGAGUUUAAUAUUAUAGGACUCAACCAAUAUCUUGUAUCCUUUAAAAUUUACGAUAUUAUAGGAGUACUCACAGAGAAUUUGGUAUGGGUUAGGUUGAUUAGUAGAUUUUAAAUUUUUACUCAAGAGAAAUCAUAUCAAAAUUUUCGAAUUCAGAUCAAAACAAAGAAUUCAAGCUAAUUCAUUUGGACUACAAAAAGGGAGUUUGAAAAGAACAACUUUCGAACAUCUUUGCUUUCUCGUUUGCAGUACUAUUAGUCAAGCCGAUCCAAAAAUACAGAUAUAUAUAUAACUGAGAAGAAGUGGGAAAGUUAAAAAUGAAAGACAGCAUGCAAUGGGUGUGGACUAAUUUCAUAGAGACCAUUUGGCGACCAUUUGUGAAAUCAGCUAAAUCAGCUUCUCUUUUCAUCCUUAUAUUUUCCCUUUUCUUCACUGCAUUGCUCUCCCUAUUCUUCUUCAAAACUACUACUACUAGUACUGUAAAUACCAUUCCACACUACAAAUAUCCUAAGAGGAAUUCGGAAAUCCAAUUAGAUUGCACUGCUUACAACCAUAACGGAACAUGUCCCUCACACAAUCCCAUUACCUACAACCCCCAAGAGGCCAAUCAAGACCGUUCAUCGGACGCCACGUGUCCAGAGUACUUCCGAUGGAUUUAUGAAGACCUAAGGCCGUGGGCUCUUACAGGAAUAUCAAAGGAAAUGGUUGAGAGAGCUCAAACAAUGGCUCACCUAAGACUCGUGAUAAUAAAGGGAAAGGCUUACGUUGAAACUUAUAAGAAGCCCUUCCAAACUAGAGACAUUUCUUCUCUGUGGGGUAUCCUACAGUUGUUACGUAGGUACCCAGGUAGAGUCCCUGAUUUAGAUUUGAUGUUAAAUUGUGGUGAUCGGCCAACGGUUGAGUCAAGCAAAUAUAGUGGGUCAAAUGCCACGUCACCACCUCCAUUGUUUCGAUUCUGUAAGGAUGACAAUACACUUGAUAUUGUGUUCCCUGAUUGGACAUUUUGGGGUUGGCCUGAGAUAAAUAUAAAGCCAUGGGUACCUUUGUUGAAAGAGUUAGAAAAGGCCAAUAAGAAAACCAAAUGGUUGAACAGAGCACCUUAUGCUUAUUGGAAAGGAAACCCAUAUGUUGCUGACACUAGAAAAGACCUUCUCAAAUGUAAUGUUUCAGACAAACAAGAUUGGAAAGCUCGUCUUUAUAUCCAGGAUUGGGAGCAAGAAUCAAAGAAAGGGUACAACAAAUCAAAUUUGGCAAAGCAAUGUAUCCAUAGGUAUAAGAUUUAUAUUGAAGGAGCAGCAUGGUCGGUUAGCGAAAAAUACAUUCUUGCAUGUGAUGCUGUGACAUUACUGGUAAAGCCACGUUACUAUGAUUUCUUCACUCGUGGUUUAUUACCAAGGCACCAUUAUUGGCCCAUUAAUCCCGAUGACAAGUGUAGAUCCAUAAAAUUUGCUGUUGAUUGGGGCAACUCUCACCAAAAAGAGGCUCAAAAAAUAGGAAAGACAGCAAGUGAAUUCAUUCAAAAUGAGCUAAAGAUGGAGUAUGUGUAUGACUACAUGUUACACAUUUUAAAUGAAUAUGCAAAGCUCUUGCAAUAUCAGCCUACUAUACCUGAAAAAGCUACUGAAUUAUGUUCCGAGGCAAUGGCUUGCUCAGCAAUAGGACUGACAAAAAAAUUCAUGAUGGAAUCCAUGGUGAAAGCUCCAGCGAAGAGUUGGCCAUGUAGCAUUCCUCCUGCUUAUGAUCCUUCAUCUUUAUAUUCUCUUCUCAAGAGAAAAUCAAAUUCAAUAAAAGAAGUAGAGAUGUGGGAGAGAAAGUUUACGAAAAAUCAAGAAAACAAACACUCAUAGAGGUAUAUAAUAAAAAAUGGUAAUAAUAAUUAUUUGACAUAUAUCUAUACACAACAAAUUUAUGUAUCCAAAUUAAGAAUAUACAAAAUAAUUAAUGGAUGAUUCCACUUUUCAGAAUUAAAA